AUGUUAUAUAGAAAUUAUAAUUUGACAUUUAAAAGAUUUGUAUAUUGGCCUCCACAAUUUAACAAUAAAUCUACAAUCCUCAAUUUACCUUCUGGUAAAAAAUGUUUUGUAUUUAUGGGAAAACGUGAUUGUGAUGGGAAAUUAGAACCUGUAUUAUGUUUUAUUGACAAAUUAGGAAAUAAAUUAAUGUGGCUAAACAGAGAAGAAGUACAUCAAUUUGAUAAAUUAAUAAAUCGCAUAGAAUCAUAUUUUGAUUUAUUUAAAGAUAAAUAG